CAGGGGGUCGACUAGUUGGGUGGACUGCGUAUCGUCAGUGUCUCAGGAGAUACGUUUGUGAGUGUUCGGAACUCUGGAUUGUGAGAAUGGGGACUCUACGCUGUAUAGUGCUUUUGGCUUGCUUCCAGAUAGCAGCGUUUUCUGAUCCGGGCUGCGUAAUCGAGCUAUCCUGCCGAGAAUGUAUCCCCGACAACAUGCCUCUAAUAUCCUCGCACCGCGCCACCUCAGGCGCCGUACGACUCUCGUCCGGCGAGCAAAUCGGACUCGUCUGUCGUGGCAACAAGUUCUUAGCCUGGCCGCAGCAGCAUACCGUGCUUGCUGUGUGUGAAGGCGGCAGAUAUAGAGUGCAGAUUGAUAAUACGUUGCGACAUUUGCUGGAGCUGGGAUGUCAGGAGAAUAUUUUUGAGGAUGUACUUCACCAUGUGGACCACUGUGCGCCGCCGAACCAAGGGCGCGCUUACCAAUCGCCUGGCUCUCGAGGCGCGCGGCAUCUAGCGGCUCUUUGCUACGACUCGGAUCGCGCGAUACCUUUAGCCGCCCGCGCCUCCGCCACCGGCCCGGCGCUGCCUCCUCAUAGAGAACAGGACGCACCACGUAGUCUCCUCGGCAACUUCAACCAAAUGUUUGACACCCGUACACGCACGGACACCGACCAUCUCUACUCCGACGAGAAACGUCUCAACAAACGCGUCAGAGAAAUCCUUAGACAUGACCCCGUCUCAUUGUCAGACCAGGAGCUUACCUCAGCCACUCUCCUAUCCCCACAUUACUUUGACGACCAAGAUAUGCGCGUAGCGGACUUCCCUUCAAACCGCAUAGCGGCAUGGAAAGGUAUCGCACAUGGAAACUUAAGGCACUUACAUAAAGAUGUCUCUGAAGUGCUACGUCACGCUAGAAGUAAUAGUUCUCAACUUGAUGUCUGGACAGGAACGCAUAAUAUCAUGUCGUUCCGUGCCGAUUCUAAACGAGUCGAAUUGUACUUGAAACCUGGACGCUUUCCUGUUCCGAAGUAUAUAUGGACAUUAGUUCAUGAUCCGCAUCAAAAUAAAGCCAUCGCUAUUGUAGUUUUGAACGAUCCUUUUGUGGCUGUGAGCGAGAUUCGUGCUUCAGUGUUUUGCGAAAGCAUGUGUGCGAGGGCAUCUUGGCUAAAAUCGCUUUUACGUAACAGGAAUUAUGAAAGUCCUGUGUAUGGAUUAGUGUUUUGCUGUAACGUACACGACUUUACUAAUGUGGUUACUGAGAUGCCGAAAGCGGUAGUAGCGACCGUUCCUAAAGGAAUUGACGGUUUGUUGACAGAUUAUCCUAAUCAAAAUCAUGUUUAAGUUGUAAAUGCACAUUGCACAAAUAUAAUUACCUAAACAAUAAAAUAUAGCUGUACCUUAGAAAUUUUGAUUUUUGUAUAGUGUUAUAAAUAUAGUAUAGGUGAAGUAUUCUAUGAUUGGCACUACGGAGUACUAGUCAUUAGAAUCAAUUUUUGUAGGAGUCACUACUAUGCUGCCAAAAUCAACAGUUACUUCUAUGCAUGCAAAGACUAGAUCAGGAUAACUUUGUAUAAUUAAAUAAGUGAUUGAAAGAAGUGUUUUUAUUAAAAAUAUCAAUACAUA